UCUGGUGCUGCGGAAGACUGGCUCCUGGGAGAAGAGGAGGGAGACUCGCAGCUGGCCAGGGCUCCUUAGGGCACAAUGUGGCUCAUGCAGCGCAUCUUGCUCUGUUUCUCCCUGACAUUUGCCCUGAGUAGUUACCAUACGCUGGGGGCUCCAAGUGAGCCCGGAGUGCUCCAUUGUGGGAAGCAGAGUUUCCAGUUCAUCACCAACCAUCUCCACCAGGACGGAAAGAUGCCUGUGUUCAUCGUUUGGGACCACCAAGGGCUGCCACACAGGCUGAACAACUCUGAGUGUGGCAUGUGGGUGACGGAGGACCCUGGGGGCUCGGUGAUAUUGGAAGCCAACUACAGUGGCUGCUAUGUCAAGGAGUGGGGCUUUCACUAUGUCCUGCUGAUCGGGGUGGAGGAGGCAGACGCAGCUGGACACACGGUGCUCAUGAAGAAGAGGCUACUCAAGUGUCCUGCGAAUCUUCCAGCUCAAGAUGCUCCGGGUGCUGACCUGUGCAGUUCCAUGCCUGUGGAGGACAGAUUACCAUGCAUGCCUUCUCCAGCUUCUCAAGGAGACUGUGAAGGGUUGGGCUGCUGCUUCAGCCCUGUGGGAGAAGCCGCUUCCUGUUACUACGGAAACACAGUGACCUCACAUUGUACCCAGGAUGGCCACUUCUCCAUCGCUGUAUCCCGGGAUGCAGCCUCUCCCCCACUGCACUUGGAAUCUGUGCGCCUGGUCUUUGGGAAUGACAGUGGGUGUGAGCCCGUGAUGGUAACCCGUACCUUUGUCCUGUUCCGGUUUCCAUUUACUUCCUGUGGGACCACAAGCUGGGUCACGGGAGACCAGACAGUGUAUGAAAAUGAGUUAAUUGCCAAAAGGGAUGUGAGAACUGGGGAUCAUGGCUCUAUCACUCGUGACAACAUCUUCAGGCUUCAAGUCAGCUGCAGCUAUUCAUUAAACAGUAACACAGUCCCAGUUCAUGUCCAGGUGUUGACCCUUUCACCACCACUUCCCAAGACCCAGCCUGGACCCCUUGCUCUAGAACUUCAGAUUGCCAAAGAUGAAAACUAUGGCUCCUACUAUGCAGCUGCUGACUACCCAGUAGUGAAGUUCCUUCGGGAUCCGGUCUAUGUGGAUGUCUCUAUCCUUCACAGGACAGACCCUAAUCUGGGGCUCCUCCUGCAGCAGUGCUGGGCUACAACCAGCCCCAGCCCGCUGCACCAGCCACAGUGGCCCAUUCUGGUGGAAGGCUGCCCCUACACUGGAGACAAUUACCAGACUCAGAGGAUCGCUGUUGAGAGGUCCCUGCCAUUUCCCUCAUACCACCAGCGCUUCAGUUUCUCUACCUUCGGCUUUGUGGACUCCUCAAGGGCAAAGCAGGCUCUGAGUGGACAGGUGUUUCUGCACUGCAGUGCAUCUGUCUGCCAGCCUGCAGGGAUGCUAUCCUGCACGGUCACCUGUCCUCCUGCCAACCGAAAAAGAAAAUCUGGCCUGUAUUUUCAGAAUAGUACUGCCAGCAUUUCUAGCAAGGGCCCCAUGAUUCUACUCCAGGAUACUGAAGACCCUUCAGAAAAAACCCAUAAAACUACAGGUGGUCCCGUGGAUCCCCAAGCUCUGUGGGUGGCAGGAUUUGCAGGCACCUUCAUCAUUGGAGUCUUGUUAGUAUCCUACUUGGCUAUCAGGAGACAGAAGUGAGGUGCUCAGACCAAAUGUGUCAAUAAAACUAGACUGUAAU